AUGGUGUCGCUUCUGGAAACCGAACUCUCCAGCAUCAAGGAAAACACCUCUACCGGCGUCAUCGGCACCAUCGAGGGCUAUGGCGAGAAUUUUCAGCACCUCCACUCGUCCAUCCAAGAGGGCAUUGCGGCGCUGGUGAAGGCUGGUAUUGACAAAUUCGAGGAAGUCGCCAGCCAGGACAGCUAUGAAGAUGGGAUGGCCAUCGUUGACGGGAUAAAGAAGCUGUCGGCAGAUUUCGAGCAGAAAUGCGAGGACUACAUGCCGAUUGUUCGGAAAUUCAACGACGAGCUCAUCGACCUGAGGGAGCAGAUUGAGCAGCGAAAACAGGCAGCGGAGCCGAAAACGUGCCAGAAAAAACAAGAUAAA